ACGGCUGAGGAUGCCUGAGGCUCCCCCCACCCCACGUCUAUUCCGAGACGCCCAGCGAGGCAAGGCCCAAUUACAAGGCCCCGCGCCGCAAACCGCAACCGCAUCGCGCGCCCCGACCACCCGCCGCCGCCGAUGGCGAAGAAGCACAAGGACCCAGCCCCCGAGGCGGCGGGCGGCGCCUCCCCGGCCGCAGCCAUCCGCUCCCUCUUCUCCGCGGACAACCCGUUCCGCCGGAAGCCCUCUACGGAGGAGCCCCCUGCUGCCGCUGCUGCUCCGCCCGCGACGCGCCCUCGCAAGCACCCCAGCCCAGACGCCGAGGCUGUCGAGCCGUCCUCGAGGAAGAAGAAGCGCAAGGAGGAGGGGCCGCAGCGCAAGCGGAAGCGGGACGAGGUCGAGGCCGGCCGCGGGCGGCGGAGUGGCGCGGGCAAGGAGAAGCCGCCGAGCGUUGGGGAGAAGAGGAAGGCCCCCGACGAUGCCGCGGCUGCGGCGGGCGGGGCGGGGGAGGACGACGAGGAGACAUUCGACGACGAGAGCAAGCUGCUCAGGACGGUGUUCGUGGGAAACCUGCCGCUGCGGACCAAGCGCAAGGUGCUCACCAAGGAGUUCGCGGCGUUCGGAGAGAUCGAGUCUGUCAGGAUCCGCUCCGUGCCACUGGUUGACACCAAGCUUACGAGGAAAGGGGCCGUUUUACAGGGGAAGGUCAAUGAAUUGGUCGACAAUGUGCAUGCCUACAUUGUCUUCAAAGAUGAGCAGUCUGCGCGCACUGCUUUGUCCCAUAACAUGGCACUGUUCGGUGGCAAUCACAUCCGUGUUGAUAUGGCAUGCCCCCCUCGUAAAAAGCUUCGAGGAGAAGGGCCUCUUUAUGACAGAAAGAGGACUGUGUUUGUUGGGAACCUUCCAUUUGAUGUAAAGGAUGAAGAGCUCUACCAGCUAUUCUGUGGUUCCAGUGGAUCAGAAGGUGAUGUUGAGGCUAUACGUGUUAUCAGAGAUCCAAAUUCAAGCCUAGGGAAGGGUAUCGCGUAUGUUUUGUUCAAAACAAGGGAAGCUGCUAAUGCUAUUGUAAGGAAACGGGAGAUGAAGAUCCGAGACCGCUCUUUGAGGCUCACCCAUGCAAAACAGGUUGAUACAACACCAAAGAAGACGUCAGAAGUCCGGAAGAAGAAGCGUGUGCCAAAACACAAGGAGGUUUCAACACCAGGCAGCAAAUCUAAUGAAGGCAGUGACAAAGCGAAACGUAAGGCAUCAGCUUUGUCCUAUCAGGGACUGAGAUCAAGCAAAUCUGGUGUUGUGAAGAAGGUGAAAGUGAACCAGCGUCCCAGCAUCCAAGGGAAGCAGAGCAAGACUAAUGAAACUGGAGCUAGUGCUCGUAAAGGGAAGCGACCUGCUGUGGCUGCAAGAAAGGCGAAGCAGCUAGCCAAGAAACGCAAGUUGGAUGCUUCAACUCCUGAGAAUACGCACAGGAGCAAAAAACCAAGGAAGUAAGUUAUACAUUGAGUUGGUUCACGUUGUAACAGGAGUCUCACUCUUAUCAAAUUUUGUCAAACUGGGCUCCUGGUCAGUGAUUGUGUUAUUGUCAAGGAAAUUUGCAACCUCAAGUGAGUUUAGGGCAAUACAAGAGUGAUGUUGCAAAAUGUAAGCCUGAUAUGAGUCUAAUGUAGCAAUUCGGUGCACACCAUUUUAAACCUUGUAACUCUGUGGCUUUGGUCUCGAUUUUCCUCGUAAUAUUUGCAUUCUAACUUAUUCA